AAAAUGGCGACCAUGUAAACAAGUGCUUGACAACGAUAAGGUUGAACAGCGUUUCGUGCAAAGCGGUCGUCAGAACGGCGUUAUUAUGGCCAAGGAAGUUCUUUCCAAAGUCUAUAUAGGAAAAGAAACUGAACAGCGAUUAAUCACCGCCUCAGCAAAUGGAGAUCUAUCUACCGUAAUCAAGCUCCUGAGAAAACACGUCAAUCCAAAUGUUUGUGACGAAUACGGACAUACGGCUUUAUCUAGGGCGAGUGCAGGGGGCUAUACGGAGAUAGUGGCGCUACUAAUUACUUCCGGUGCAAAGCUCGAGGCUGUAAAUGCUUCAGGGGUAACCCCCCUUCAUCUGGCUGUUAAAGGAAACCACCAAGAAUCUGUCAAACAUUUGAUCCUAAAUGGCGCCAAAGUCGACGCUAAAACAGCCUCUAAAGUCAUCCCAAUCGACUUCGCAACGCACGAAAGCGACGUGUGGAACAUCGUCAACGAUGCCAAACAAGGAGAGAUGCCUGAACUAGACGAAGUCAAUGACGUUCCCGACAUCCCCGACUUCUCUAUACCAGAUGGGGAGAAGAAGAAGAAGAAGUCGGGGAAGAAGGGAAAGAAAGGGAAGAAAGGCAAGAAGGGGAAGAAAAGCGGCAAGAAAGGGAAGAAGAAAGGAAAGAAGAAGAAGAAAUGAUAUUCCCGAUGGGUUUUGUUUUGGUGCUGACAUUCUGGAGAGACAUAGGACGGUGACUGCCGUGGGAUCAGGUGUUCAAGAUAAAACAGUUUGCCAGCUUUCAGUCUAGGUCUUGGCUUACUACCUGUGUAGACCUGAGACAUUUUCUCUGUCUAAAGAGAAGCAAUCUUAUAUACCUUAUGUAAAUUGAAUUAGCAAAAAGGUGUAACAUUCAAACUCUCGGAAGGGCUUACUUGUCUGUCCAUACGCAAUUGUUUCCUUAUAAUGUAUGUAGAAGGAACGUAUUCAUAUUUGUUAAUAAAUAUGUUAAACACUU